UUUCAAACAAAAGCAAAAAAUAAAAUUUUAAAAACAUGAAUGCAAACUAGAAAGUGUAUUCUAUCACAUAAUACUAUAUAGUAAUUUUCAUAAUACUACUUCGUACUUUGUAAUAAUUAAUGUUUUCGUCGCAUAAUCCAAAAGGGGCGUCUGAGAAAUUGGCUUCCAAAACAAAUAGAAUUCAAACAACAUUGUAGAAAAGAAGUCAAUUACAAAAUAAAUUAAUAAACUAAAUAAUAACAUAUAUGUUUAUGUAUUAAACAAAAGUUUAUAAAAUUUAAAAGCUAGACUAUGCAUUUAUUACAUUACCUUAAAUUUUGCUACAUAUUUUUAACAACGCAUUUACGUGAUUGUACACUAAACAAAACUGCACAUUUUCUUCACAUUAAUACUUUCAUAAUUAUAUAUAAAACUAAAUAUAAAAUUCUAUCUGACACAUUACUGCACGCAACAGAGAAAGUAAUGUGAUGUUCAACGUCUCCAACAACAAUGAGGAUGUUGCGCAUAAUAGCGCGUGCGCCAACGUAACUAAAAAGUGGGGAAUAUUAUUUCACCCUUUCCUAAGGAAAAAGUACAUCGAACGAAUACAGCGUGCAAUUUGGAUAAUUUAACUCCCUGCCGUUUUCUUCACUAUAAAAAAGUAAUUGCGAGCAAUCGAUGACCUUCUAUGUAGCUUGGUGGUACCAUUAACAUCGAUUACAAUAUUUUAUAAAACAAAAGUGCAAAACGUUUGCAAUUCUUAAAUUGUUGCUAUUAACAUUUAUUUCUUGACUAUCAAGCGUCACAAGUUAAAAAAAAAAUUGGCUAAUAAAUAACUUAUUACGGAAGAAAAUGCGCACAAAAUAAAAUUUGCUCUUUAAAAUCUACUUUUGUAGAUCCGUUUCUUAUUCGGUCUCGGUCAUUACAAGAGAAUAUACAUGUUCGACGAUCACUAUAAAUUUAACGAAACUCUUUUGAGGUUUCUUGGAUUAUGGCCUUUUGGAAGAAAUGAGUGUGAACGUUGUCGUGCAAUAUGCUUUUACAUAUUACUCAUUUCUCGCGUGGUUGCAGAGUUCGCGCAAUUUAUUAUAGCUGACUUCAGUAUAAAUGUCACUAUCAAAAUUUUAUUGGAUGCUCUUACGGCUUUUCUGUAUGCUGUAACCUUUAACAUGUUUUUCUUCAAUACUGAGAAACUAAAACAAAUGCUGGAAGAAGUUAAUAAUAAUUGGCGGAUGUUAUCAGAUUCGCAAGAAAUUAAAAUACUAUAUUAUUACAGUCAACAAGGAGAAAAAUUUAUAAUUAUAACAAUAUUGCUACAAGUAUUGGUACUAUUUAUAUUCUUUAUAACUGGACUAUUACCGGAUAUUUUCAAUUUUCUUCGGCCAUUAAACGAGUCACGUACACAUUAUUUACUAUUCAUGAAUGAGUACCGAAUAAAUGUCGGAAUCCAGUAUUAUUUAUUUUUUUUAUAUACUAUUAUUAGUGUUAUUAUUGGCACUUCGACAGCAAUAUUCAUCAUUUCGACAGUAUUAUAUAUUAACUUACACUGCUGCGCAAUGUUCAAAAUUUGCAGUUAUCGAAUGAAACACUGUGUCGACACAAAGAUAAUAGCGUGCUCUAAUAAGAGAAAUAUAAUCGUCGGAAGAAUAAUUAAAACAGUACAUAUCCAUCAAAAAGCAAAUAAACUUUUUAAAUUGGUUACGACAAGUUUUACGAUGUCUUUCCUUACUAUGUUAAUGAUAGGCACGUGUAGCUUUGCUAUGUGUUUAUAUAGAUUGAUGAACGCAAUAACACGCAUGCACGAUAUGGUUGAAAUUCUGAUAUCAGCAGCUUAUAUUAUAGGAUAUCAAUUUUGUUUUUUCACCGUAUCUUUUAUGGGGCAAUUAGUGAUAAACCAUUCUGAUGAGUUAUUUAACGCUAUAUACAUGUCGUUAUGGUAUGAAACAUUUAUAACAAUACAGAAAUCGUUAUUAUUUAUAAUGCAUAUUUGGUCAAAAAGAAUAAUAAUAAAUUUUGGCGGUGUAUGUGCUAUAUCAAUGGAAACCUUCACUUCGGUAAGACAACUUACGGGAAAAAAGCGAAGACGACGUCUUAUUAACAUCGUCAGCUUUAUUGCAUUAUUUAUUUCAGAUCACGAAUAUGUCAAUAUCCUUUAUGAUGAUGUUUUUGUCCAUACAGUAGUUUCAUGAUCUAGUGCAGGAAGAGUAACUGCUUGUAGCAAUAUACAUAUGAUAAAACCUUGUACAGUAAAUAAAAUAGAGAAGCAAAAUAUAAUUCGAUUAAAUAA